GCUCUGCAGUGAACAUCGAGACCGAAUCGAGCCUUUAAACGAAUUUCCGGUGCCCAGUUCCACAAUGUGCCGACUGUACUUCUUCUUCAAUCUCAUCUGCCUCUACCUGGCCAUCAAGAGUGCGCUCAGUACCGAGCUGGAAACGAAUGAUCAAAAGUUCACCGAUUUCCGGAACCACGAGGGACACGAGGCGGCCGACAGCUCGCUGCUAGGCGAUGGUGUGGAUGCCGGUGGCCAGCGACGCGAUGACGAUGCCGGUGUGGAAGGGAACGGGGUAAGCAAACGGGCCGCGGCCAUGUGGUUCGGACCGCGCCUUGGCAAACGGACACUGCCGGCCGAUCUGCACGAUGAGCUGGUCGAAGAGUUCGAUAGUGAGCCGCUAGCGUACGUUGGUGAGACACCCCAGAAGCUGGCCAGUGAGCUCGUCCAGGGUACACCGUACGUAGUGCUGUUGAUGACCGCCAAAGCACGAAAACCACAGCCUCUGUUCUACCAUACGGCUGCACCGCGGCUUGGAAGGCGCGAUUCCGUCGGUGAGAACCAUCAGCGGCCACCUUUCGCACCCCGAUUGGGCCGAAAUCUGCCGUUUUCUCCGCGAUUAGGACGAUCGUAUAACGCCGGUAGCUAUCCGCUUCCGAUGACGUUCGCCUACUAGAUCAACCCUACCAGCACCAGGCUACUGCCACCAGACCCAGUGGCAGUAGCAAUCGUACGUCCGUCGUGCGAUCGUGCUUAUUGGUGUUGAUAAAAGGUUCACCGUGAACCCGAAAAUGGCUGGAAUCCAAUAAGCCCGGACGCUCGAACUCGACGACUGAUCAUCACCCUUAGCCUCCAUCAAAAUGCUCGAAUCCUUGGCGUGCGAUCGGCACACGAUCGCACUGAUGCGAUGCAAA